CCGCGUCGUUAGUAUGCAGUUUGCCUGUUCCUAGUGCGUGCUGCAGCAAGUGAAUAGAAGCAAAUGAGCCACCAAGCAGCAUUGUAUUGUAAUUGAGCUAGCUCGAGAGGCCAGCAAUCAGGUUGGACUCUGCAUAUCGCCGUUUCCAGCCUCACGCAAUCUUUAGCUGAGAAGCGGACCGAAACAUACCAUGUGGAGCUGGACGCGUCCAUUAUAUGACCCAUGUGUCGUUUCCUGAUCUACUGUGGCCACUCGCCCAUCCUGCUGUCACACCUCAUUACACUGCCAACGCACAGCAUUCUGACUCAAUCAUACGACUCAAGGCUUCGGCUUGAUCGAACGCGGCCUCACAAUGGCGACGGUUUCGGUGUGGGCUACUACACGACAGCUCUGUCGACGCGACGUCAGAGACCAUCCGAUGACGCCGACGGGUAUGCUUCCAUCCAGUACGAUGAGGUGAUCGAUCUCGGUCCUGAGCCUUGCAUCUUCACAUCCACGAUACCUGCCUGGAAUUGCAAGAACCUGGAGCGUUUGGCAAGCAAAACCGUUUCUCCCCUCAUCUUCGCCCAUGUCAGGGCGAGCACCGAAGGUGCUUUGAGCGACAGCAACUGCCAUCCAUUCAGCCGCGGUGCCCUUAUGUGGAUGCAUAACGGUGGAGUAGGCGGCUGGAAACUGGGCGUCAAGAGGAAGCUCGUCUCUGCGAUUGCGGACAGAUGGUUCGAAGGCGUGGGAGGUAGUACCGACAGUGAAUGGGCGUUUGCGCUCUUUCUCGAUUCGUUGGAGCGCAUGGGGGUGAAUCCGGACGAUGAGGGGAAGCAAAGGGAGGGCUUCGGCCACACUCUACUGCGCAAAACAAUGCUGAGAACUAUCGAGCGUAUCAAUGAGUUCAGAGAGGCGCUGCCAGAGGAGGUGCGGCAGAGCAACGAUACAAGGAGCCUGCUCAACUUCGCAGUGACCGACGGUAAGAGCGUGGUGUGCACACGCUACGUCAGCAGCAAGACGGACGAGGCUGCCUCUCUUUUCUUCAGUAGCGGCACUAGCUGGCGCGAGCAGUCUUCGAUGAACGGGACGCCAAAGGCUGGUAAAGGCGAGUAUAAGAUGGAACGCCAAGACAAAGGCGCCGAUAUUGUACUUGUUGCGAGCGAGCCUCUCACGUUUGAACGCGACAAUUGGGUUACGGUCCCAACCAAUAGCGUGUUGACUAUUCACAAGCAGACCGUGCUGAUUCACCCCAUUCUGGACCAGUACUACAACCACGCCCCAAGCUUUACCAGGAGCUCAAGAUUUGCGGCCACAAAGGGACAGACGACCGGUGACGGCAUGACCAACCAACAGAGUUGGAAGACCGCUAUCACCCGUGAGAGCUCAGUAGACAACUUGGCAGGUGCGACCAACAGGAUAAGCCUGGCAGCGGCAUAAGAGGAGACAUCUGUAUGUGGUGGGUUUGCCCGAACCGCCGACUCAGCGCCAGAUGCAGCUUGACAUGAGACUUCAUCCCGUACAUGUGGAGUUGGAGAUGCGCGAAGGCGACAGCUCUAUGCCACUGAGAACUCGGCUUGGACGACGUGCAUUAUCAAAGCCACCAGAGACAACAAGUCCCUGCUGUGCUAGUUGUGCGAUUGCACCUCUUGCUCGGUAUCGCGCGCUGGCAGCCCUCUCUAUAGUAAUCCCGCCAAUGCUGUCAGUGCGUGCAACGAGCACACUAACUUCGUGUCUUAUGGCG